GCUGGUGCAACUACCGCAAGAUCGGGCAAAGCUACGUCGUCCGCGAGGCGCGGCCGUUCAUGCUCGUAGGCCCGCACUGGAUCGGCGUCCUCGUCACGACCGGGCUCAUCAUUGUGUCGACCAUCCUAUUUAUUGGGCAGCAAUGCGCGGCGCUGGAUGCGUGGUACACGCUGGCGUCGCUGGCCAUGGCCACGGCCACGUGCUACUUUCUCUUCCAAACCACGUGCACGGACCCGGGUAUCGUGGCCCGGGGAACCACGCAGACGGACCCGGCCAUCAUUGCCACGUGCAGCUAUUGCGACAUUUGUGACGUGCACCAGUUCCGGGGCACCGAGCACUGCGACGACUGCGGCGUUUGCAUUGAGAAAUACGACCACCAUUGUCCGUGGAUGGGCAAGUGCAUUGGGAAGAAGAACAUGAAGUGGUUCCAGCUCUUCAACCUCGCGUGGAUCGUGUACCUUGUCUUUGUGCUCACGGUCACGAUGCAGAACGCGUCGUCCAAUUUUGUCGCCUCGCGUGUCGGCCACUAA